CAGCAUGUUCAGAGCAAGCAAGUACCGCAACGUGCUUGGAGCCAACGUCCCGCGGGAGGAAUGGUAUGAGGAGUUGCAACUCGAUGCGGAUCGCUUGGACUUGUACCCCAUCGACGCCACCGCGACGCAGCUCGCGUUCCCUUCGCAGCUCAAUGCGGGGGCAAGCAUUGAGGUCAAGGCAGCAUCCGACACGGGCAAAUCUAACGCGAUCCAGAAACCGACAUCGUUGCUCAGAGGACAUACCCAGCGAGUGAAUGCAUUGGCGUACGCUACCUUGGUCGUGGACCCGUCUUCUUCGUUGUUGUUGGCAUCAGGGGGGGAUGACACAACCGUCAAGUUGUGGGACACAUCGCCGUCAGCAUUGGAGAACAGGAGCUGCUGCGUGUGGUCGUACGAAGAUGCCGCUGCGAGCACCCGCGUCGUGGGGCUAGCAUUUCAUCCGUCGGCGUCCGGCGUGCUGGCCGUUGCCAUGUCCAAGCACGUGGAGGUCUUGGAUGUGCAGCAUCAACAGAAAUGCGUCAGCACCUCCUCGUUCGUCCACCCCGAUGUCAUCACGGGAUUCACAUGGAACGACGAUGGAAGUGCGGUGGCGACGGUGUGCCAAGACAAUGUCAUUCGUCUGUGGGACCCUCGACGCAGCGUUUCUGCUGGUUUUGAUGUGGCGAGCACAAAGGGUCACCAAGGACGCAAAGCCGCGGCCAUCACAUGGGUCCGCCCAUCCUUCUUCCUCACGGCCGGGUUCAACACGCUGCAAGAGCGGGAGCUGAUGCUGUGGGACGUGCGCAAGCUGGACAAGGCGAUGGCGCGCGAGCGCGUGGACACUGGCACGGGUCUGUUGAUGCCCAUAUUCGACCAAGACACGAACUUGCUGUUUGUCGGUGGGCGGGGCGACAAAACCAUCCGAACGUACGAACUCAAUGUCGAGAAAGCGCGGGCGUUCACGGCGCUUCAACCCGCGACGGUGGGGCCGCCGACAUGGGGCAUGGCGACGUUGCCCAAGCGGGCAUGCGCGCUCGGCAAGUGCGAAGUCGCGCGGGUGCUCGUGCUGGAACAAGGCGGGACCAUCGAGCCCAUCUCUUACACGGUGCCCCGUCGCGACGCUGCCACCCAGUUUCAGGCAGAUUUGUACCCAGACUCGAGAACUAGCACGGCGGCACUGACAGCUGCAGAGUGGACAGCAGGCCAAAACGCGGCUCCCGUGCUUGGAAAAGUGACCCCUCUUCCCACUACAAACGUAUCUGCAACGUCAUUGGGAACAGCAACAAGUAGUCCAUCGCAGCAGAAUCAGGUUGAAAAUCUAAGCAAUUGGAACGCCGGCGGAGGAGGAUGGGCAAGCGUCGCACCGCCUCCGACUGUGCUGCUCACACCCGAUACUGCGACGACGACGACGACCACCCUCACAACACAUUUGCCAGUAUCGACCGAGUUGUCGGAAAAAGCUAUAAAGCUGGGCUCGAUCCAAGGCCACAAGUUCAAGUACAUUACAGGGACGACUGCAUUGGCCCGGUCCGACUCGUAUUUGAAUGUGCCGUCGUCAGAUGCGUCAUUGUUGGUCGCCAACGCCACGCAUUGGGCCACGCCCGUCGUGGGCACUGGAGGCCCCGUGCUCGUCUAUCCGUUGACAUCCCCCGGCAAAGUGGACCAAGGGGGUGGAGUGGUGGUAAAUGGCCACAAAAUGCCUGUGACAGACUUGGAAUUUCAUCCGUUUCAUUCGGCAUUGCUCGCCACGGCUUCAGACGACGGCACGAUUCGGGUGUCAGACCAUACCAAACCCGAUCCGUUCGUAACUUCCCUCGACGGCCAUACCAAAGGCGUCCGAUGCGUGGCCUUCCAUCCGACUGCUGACACGGUGCUGGCGUCCGGAAGCCAGGACAACUGCGUCAAGCUGUGGGAUGUGGAGACUGGAGCCGCUCGGCAAACGAUCGACAAGUUUGAGGACGCGCCGCUGAAUCUGUCGUUUAAUUUCGACGGCAGUUUGGUGGCUACGAUUUCCCGCGACAAGGUGUUGCGCGUGCUGGACCCUCGAGCCAAUAAAACAGUCGCCAUGGCGUGUGCCCACGAAGGAGCCAAGGCGCAAAAAGUGUUGUGGUGUUCGCAAAACAAUGCGUCGACCCUGGUGACGGUUGGCUUUAGUGCCCGCAGCGAACGUCAAGUAUUUCUGUGGGAUGCCCGCAACCUCUUGGACCCGUUGUCGAAAACCACGUUGGAUACGUCUGGCAGUGCGUUGUUGCCAUAUUAUGACGAGUCGUCCAAUUUGAUUUACCUCGUCAGUCGCGGGGAUCGGACGAUUUGGACGUACGAGCUGGACGCAGCGUCGUCGACCCCGACACUGUACCCGUGCUCUCCAUAUUCGUUCCCGGGGCUUCCAAUUGCAGGGGCGGCGCUGCUUCCCAAACACUUGUGCAACGUUCGCGACGUGGAAGUAGCUCGGUUUCUCGUGCUGACCAAAUCCACCAUCGACCCUGUCACCUUGACGUUACCCCGCGCGGAUAAAUUGAAGCAAUACUUUCAAGACGACGUGUACGGUGUCGUGCGGAGUUGCGCCAUCGGCGGCAGCUUGUCGGCCACUGCCUGGUUCGAUGGACUCUCUCAACCUCCACCCACCGAGUCGCUCUGUCCAGCUGGCAUGUCGUGGGUGUCAACGCGGCCGCCAGAUAUUCCCGUGGUGCCCAAAGUACUUGACUUUCAAGCGACGAAACAACGCCAGGAUGACGAGCGGACCCAGCGCGACGAAAACUUCAACCGGUUGCACGCGCUGGCCGCGCAACCGACGCUGCAUGCUCAAGGUCCGAAACAGGAAGAGAACGAAGAAGACGACGACGACGACGGCUGGGACGACUAAAUAUUUUAGAUAUAUAGGCGUGGUGCCCCCGUAAAAUCAAAUGUGAAGUUUUCCAAAUAUAGUGUACACUCGAAAGACAUUGGGUAGUGAUGAUAUCCUAGCCAAUAUUGUCCUUUUACACCAA